AAUUUUAUUUUAACAUAGAUGUUUUUUUCGUUUUAACUACACGCUCGACCAAUUUGAUUGUAGCAAAAAAUUUUUACCGUACUAUUUGAUCAUUGAUGUAAAUUAUUAUUAUUUAUUAGGCAUCCGUUACGUUAUUAGAUAUCGCUUAAAAAUUAAAACAACAUUGACCAUUGAAGUAAAGCAGUUCAUAAAACUGAAAUAAAAUAAAUAUCUUCAUUCCGCGUGUUGAGUGUAGAAGUUUUAAAAAUUGGGAUUUGUCAUCUUCUCUAGAUUUUAUCACAUAAUCAAUUUUGAAGUAUUAUGGAAUCUAAUAAAAGAGUACUUUCCAUUCAAAGUCAUGUUGUUAGUGGUUACGUGGGUAAUAAAUGCGCCGUGUUUCCAUUACAGAUAAUGGGAUUUGAAGUGGAUGCUAUAAAUUCUGUUCAGUUAUCAAACCAUACUGGAUAUAAAACCUACUAUGGCCAAAUAUUGAAUGAAAGUAAUUUAUCGGAAUUAAUAACUGGUCUUGUUGAAAAUGAAUUGCAUAAUUAUUCACAUCUAUUAACUGGUUACAUUAGAUGUCCUAUGUUCUUAAAAAAAGUUGCGGAAGUCUAUAAAAUACUGAAAGAGAAAAAUCCAGAUUUAAUAUAUGUAUGUGAUCCUGUAAUGGGAGACAAUAAAAAAAUGUAUGUUCCAAAAGAAAUAUUAGAUAUCUAUAAAAAUGAAAUCAUACAUUUGACAGAUAUUCUUACACCGAAUGAAUACGAAUUAGAGUUAUUAACUGGUAUAACUAUAACAACACAUAAUGACAUAAAUAAGGCUUUGAAUAUAUUAUAUACUCAUGGUUGUAAGACAGUUGUUGUGUCAUCUUCCAACAUAUCUUCAAAUUCUGUUAUGAAGUGUAUUGGAAGAAACUUUUUUCAUGAGGAAUAUGUAGAAUUAGAUAUUCCUAUCAUUGAUCAAUCUUUUAUUGGCACUGGAGAUUUUUUUACUGCUUUGUUAUUGAUAUGGAUGAACUUAACUAAUAAUGACUUGAAACAUUCCAUGGAAAAAACAGUUGCAACUAUUCAAGCAGUAUUAAAACGUACUACAAAAUAUGUGAAUGAAAAUAGUUCAAAGAAUCCAAUAAACAGUAAAGAAUUAAAAUUAAUUCAAAGCUUGAGUGAUAUUCAAAACCCAGAAGUAACAAUAUUUGGUACCAUCAAUAAAGUUGGAUAA